AUCAAAUCAGUUCUUCCGCUGCCGGUAGAGUGAACGUGAGCUGCCAAGAAGAGGAGAAGAAAAAGGAGAAGUGGCGAUAACGUCGAAACACUUACAGAUAGGCUUAUUAAUGAUACAGGGUUACAGCCGGGAAAAAUAAAUAAUCGUGUCCAAGAACUGUGAAAGUCAAUCCACUCAAGCAGACCGACGAUGGCUGUGAACGUGUACUCGACCUCAGUGACCAGUGACAACUUAAGUCGUCAUGACAUGUUGGUCUGGAUCAACGAAUCUCUACAGAUGAACCUCACCAAGAUAGAAAUGUUGUGUUCGGGUGCUGCCUACUGCCAGUUCAUGGACAUGCUGUUUCCCAACUCGGUGCCUCUGAAGAAAGUUAAAUUUGGUGCCAAGCUGGAGCACGAAUACAUCCAUAACUACAAGCUUCUGCAGGUUUCCUUCAAAAAGAUGGGAGUCGACAAAAUCAUUCCAGUAGACAAACUGGUGAAGGGGAAGUUCCAGGACAACUUUGAGUUUGUCCAGUGGUUUAAGAAAUUCUUUGACGCCAACUACGAUGGGAAGGAGUACGACCCAGUGGAGGCGAGACAGGGCCAGGAUGCCAUGCCUACACCCAACCUUUCCACGUCAGCUCUCAACAAACCCCCUAAAAAGGCCCUCAGCCAAGCCCCUCAGAGGCCACCCGUUGCCAAGGUAGCACCCAAGUUGGCUCACGUCAGCGCGAGGAAGCCGGGGAUGGGAGGAGGCGACGAGGAGAGGGCGGAGCUCCAGAAUGAGGUGGAGAUCCUGAAAUCUACCAUUCAGGACAUGGAGAAGGAGAGAGACUUUUAUUUUGGUAAGCUGCGGAACAUUGAGCUGAUUUGCCAGGAGAAGGAAGGAGAGGGCGACCCCACGCUGCAGAGGAUCAUAGACAUCCUCUACGCCACAGACGAGGGUUUCGUGAUACCGGAUGCUGAGGAGCAGGAGGAGUUUUAAUAUUCAAGACUGCGAGCAACUUUUCACUUAGACGCCCCCGGUCUACAAACCCACCUCGAGAUCCUUCUUCAAGCCAAGACAGCCAGUUUGGUUUUAUAUCCAACACCAAACUUGAUCUCGACUUGUGGUCUCCCCCCCUCCCCCCCUCCCCCCUCACCCCUCACUUCUUCUCACCUGACCCCAAAUCCCAACCUGCCGGACUUCUCUAGCCUUCAGCCGCCGAACAGCUCAGCUCCUUCUGUCCUGAAACAUCUUCAACCAAUAAUCAACCAAGCCUCGGUCACUGCCUCUUCUUCCUACACACCUGUCACUCAGCGAGAAUCCCAGGCCCCCACCCUCACCUGUAACCCCAUCCCUCCCAAAACCAGAUCGUUCAGUACAUAUCUGGUUUUUGUAAUGGACUUUAGUGUGAAAAACACGGUGAUGUUCUCUGUGUGUGUGUAUGUAUGUAUGUAUGUGCGUGCGUGAGUGUGUGUGGUUGUAUGUGUUUAAAAAUCAAUUUAAAACAAAUCAAACGUGAAGAACCUCCUCUGAACCGGCCCGGCUGUCAGUUCACUGAUCACUUUGUCCCAAACUAACCUCGUCUUUGUUCGAUGGCACUGCCGCCAUUUUGUGCCUCUCCUGUUGACACUGAAAUUUAUUCAUUUGGAGGAAGAUGCAUGCACAGAAGUGAGGAAAAGGAACAGAAACACACACAUUCCCAACUAGAACACUUAGAUUUUCAUCAUUUUGAACCAAAUCUGUAUUUAGUAUUUUUGCCAGCUGGUCCCAGUUUUAGUCAUGCUAGCUGUUAAUUGUGCGUUUUGAAAUUUAACUUCAUCGGGCCAGCAGGCUUUCAGAAGCACUGCCAACAUCAUUUGCCGGUCGGAUGUAGCCGAUUAUAUAUUCCUAAGCAAAAUGAAAUGAGGAAAAAGCAGCCACGCAGCUUGACACUGAAGGGCUCAGGGUUUAGUCUGGGACAACACAACAGUCGGGUCUUCUCUUGGCCUUUUUCCACCUGUUACUAAUUGUCGCCACCAUCCUGAUUUUGUCCUGUUCAGCUUCAGAAGAGCUUGUGUAAAUGUAUGCUACUGUUUUAUCACAUCGCACCCCCCACCACUCCACUCCAUUUUUAUUUUUUUGUUUUUGUUUUCCCUGUUGUAUGUUUUGAAACCUUUUUUUGGGGCACCUGUCAGUCAUGCUCUCAACUUUAUACAUUUGUUUUCUAUUUAGGUUGAGUCUUUCCUCACGCUCACUAAUUGAUCACUCUGUUGGAAAGAUUUUUACUCGUGUGCAGAAACUUGUUUUCCCAGUCACGACAAUAGAGAAAAGGGUUUUCGGAUACCGAAAGUGGUUGCUGUUCUUGUAGCAGAUCAGUUGUCCUUUUGCUUCCACCACCCAUCUUGGUGUUCGCAUUUCAGGCUUCCUAAAUGUGCAAUUCUUAAUCCCAUGAAAGCGGCUUUCUCUUCUCGUCCAUGUGAGACGAGGUGUUAAAAGCUUUCGCAGACGGCAGCCUUUUGAUCAACAUGCCAAUGUUUAGUUAAAGGUGCAAAAAAAACUGCAUAAUAAACAGUGAUUUUCUCUUUUGUAGCAACGGUUUUAAGGAACAUGCACUGUUUUACACCAGUGGGCCUUAAUUAGCCCCCAGCCAAUAAGAAAUCCUUCCUGAACGGCGACGGGACAUGCAGACCAGCCACAUUACAAACACUGUGAGCUCUGAUCGUGGCUGAUCAGUGCGUUCACCACAUGUAGCCGACCACAGUCGAGACCUGAGCUGUGAAAGCGGCUCGUGGGCUUCAGGUGGAUUCGUGAAUUUUCUGCUCUGGUUACUAAUGUUGGAUUUUGUUUUUCCCAAAGCUGUUUUAUAAAAUGUGGGAUCCGUGAGUUAGAAACUUUCAGCACUGAAGGCUUAUUCCUUUUUGGGAAUGCAAGACAGGUGUCUUUUUGUCUCCUUUUCCCCUUCAUUUCCACCCCCCGACUGACCAAUUUUAAUACUAAUAUUGUAUAUUGUGGAUCUAAUUUGAGACCAGUUUUUCCACUGUACUCUACUGUAUUUGUACCUAAUUUGAAACAACACACUGGUGUUGAUUCCACACAAACCCUGUUAACAGCAACUUGUUAUUGGAGUACAUACCUUUAUCAAUGGCCUUAUUCAUUAAAAAAAAAAAACAUUUCUUUUCAUAAAACAUUUUUCAUAACUUUUUUUAUUUUACUUUAAUGUAAGUCUCAGCUGUUUUGGGCAAAUGUUUGUACUGUUAGUCGUAUUUUUUAUGUGUUCUGAAAAUAAACAACAUUGGAGGUAUUUUGGACAAAAGCUCAGAUGUGUUAGGGUGCGGCAGACCGCCUGUCUUCCAUCGAAUGCUCAUCAGUUGAAUUUAACUGGUGGAUUUCUGGUGACUUCUUUGUGUUUUUCUCGCCACCUGUUAGAUGAAAGGUGCAGCUUAGUCUCCACAGUGACAUAAAUGUAGAUUCGUAUCACAGCUGCAGACUUGCAAAAUAUAUAUUCUGUAGAAUGGAAUUAAAGUUUCAAUUGGCUUUGGGCUGCUGAGUUGAGCAUUUUCCUCCUCUGGACAAACCGAUCAGCUGAUAGACCAGCUUGCCACCAGUGACUCAGACGCGCAGAUGUUUCGAAUUUAAGUGUUGCAGCUACGUGAUUUGAUAGCUGGCAGAACUCACAAGCCUUUAACAAACACUGCCGUGAGUAGAAGGGUUGAAUGUUGCACAAAAGCAGAGGGUGCCUGGGUUUUAGGUUUUGUUUUUUUUGUAUUUUCUGGUAGUUGCCUUCAGUAAAACCACAUCUUAAAGAAAUACAACUCCCCUUUUUUUUUUUUUUUUUUAGAAAUAAUUUUCAAGUCAUACUUUGUUCAGAAUGUACUUUUUCACUCCAAAGAUUUGAACUAAGGAGUUUCUUGUUUCUAAGUCACAGUCAACCUUGUAGUGUGUUGAUGUGCAAGUGCAGUAACUUAUUUUUUUUUGUUGUUGUUUUGUCUCGUCUCUAUUCUCCUCCAGCACGCUGGAUUUCAAAUCAAACUCUGAAUAUGAUGGUUCAAGUUCUGACCGACUUCCAGCUUUAGUUUGAGGGUUUUCACACUAAUUUUGGGUGAACGCUGCAGGACUCGCAGCCCGUUUUACUCCUAGUCCCCCGGUUUCUGGAUAAUGCAGGAAAUCGAUCAUACAGACGAGUCAACCAGUGAGUUUCAGUCAUAAUCUGGCUGCAGUAAAGGCCUGAUCGAGCAUUAUCAGGGAAGAUACCAAGUGUCUGAGGGUCCGAGACCUCAGGGGGUCAUUGACUGACAUUUGACCAAAUAUUAAACAUGACUUUAUUUAGGUUAAUUUGUCCAACACAGUUGGGUCGGCAAAAUCUGAUCCACUGUGUAUAAUAAGGGCUGCACUUCCUCUGCUGUUCGUUGGACGCGGAUGUAACCCCUCAUCGAAGUAAAGCUGAAAGCCAGAACUUCUAACUCCUUAAUUUGAAAUCUAAUGUGCUGCAAUACAGAGGCAACACAACAAAAACUGAAAAGGGCGUGCAGUGUUUCCCCAAAAUGCUCCUUACUGUCCGGAUUAUCUUUGGUGAAAUUUUUAAUUUGGGCUAUUGACUAUUUGUGUCAGAGAAAAGAGCUGAAGGUCUAUUAAUGAGUAGGGCUGCAACUAAUCAACACUGUCAUUAUCGAUUUAUCUGCUGACUAUUUUCUCGGUUAAUCGAUUGUUUCAUAUAUAUAUAAGUGUCAGAAAAUAGUUUAAAAAUGCCCAAUCAUAGCUUCUCAAAUCUGAAAGUUGCAUAUUGGAAUGUUUUGACUGACCGACAGUCCAAAACCCAAAGAUAUUUCAUUUAUAACGAUAUAAAACGGGGGGAAAACACAGCAAAUCCUCAUAUUUUAGAAGCUGGAACCAGCAACUGUUCGGCAUUUUGCAAUGAUUCAUAUUAUCAAAAUAGUUGCUGAUUCGUUUCCUGACGGUCAAUUAGUUUCAGCUGUGCUCCCUAAAUAUACGCACUGAAAGCUGAAGCCCAACCAAAUAGUUGGAAGUCAAAUUGAUAUUGGCUAAAUGCUGCUCAGCUCCAAGCUGGUUAAAAUAACUUACACAGUACUGUUAAGGAGUUAAGUACCAGACUUGCUAGUGCAAAAGGCAGAUUUAAGCAUAUUAACCAGUUUUCUAAGGGGAGUUUGUUUGGGGGAAACCCAUUCACGUUAAGUUGGGUCGAUGCCGAGACAAAUCGUAGCGCACUGAGGACAGACACGCACUGCGGGACUUUUGGGGAUCCAUCCCAAAAUGCACAGCGUGGAUACUUCCCUCUCUGUUCACUGUGAGCCGCCUCAAUGCAGGAACAUUUUAAAACUGUAGGCCCGAACAGCGACUUUUGGUGUUUCCAGCAGUUCUGACGAGUUAGUGUGUCGUCGAGCCUUAGUGAAGAAGUGCUUUUUGUUAUGCAAUGUUAAAGGGGAACACAUGCGCCCCCCCCCUCCCCCUUUUACAUAGUGGCCUCUGUACUGAACCCAGUACCAAUGUAACCCCCUCCCUCCACUGGCUCCCUAACAGUCUGUUACUGUUUCCUUUCAUUAUGUCUGGAGAGGUUUUGACAAUCGCCUGGUUUCUGCAGCUUCAAGACGAUUUCCUGGCAAGUCACUGAAAGUAUUUCAAGUUGUGUGUCGACUCCUGUCUGGUUUAAUGAUGGUAGUAAAAUGAGUUAUUGUAAGUUGUUACUGAGAAGGGCCGUGUGUGUGUGUGUAUAUGUGUGGUGUUUGAUAUGAAACCUUGCUGCAAGAUUUAUUUGGGGACGUUUUCAGUGACACGCACACACCCGAAAGAGUUCGUGGUUGCUCGGACGUUUUGGCCACUCUGGGGAUCCAUAACUAUUAUCUCCAUCUAAUCACGGCUGAUUUAAAGAUAAAACAUACAUGAUCCUCAGUUUGAGUCAUGCAGGUGUGUGUGUUUGCUGAAAAUGUCUAAGCAAAGUGAAAUGAUGGCUCUAAAGGUAACGGUGGUGCUUCGUGUGACCUCUGACCUUUUCCCUCUCGGCCAUCAGUGCCGAUAAGAUGCUGUGGGCCGAGUGCCACCCGAGUCUCUCUCUCUCCUCUCUGUCUCCUAGUUUCUGCUGGACUUUGAUGUGUUUGUUAUACUCUGGUAAACUCGAUUUUCUUCUAUCAAGUUUGGUACAGACAAUAAAACAGUAUUUCCACGUCAA